CUGCGCUGAGCACUUUCCCAGUCGCUGCUGCUGCUGCUCGCAUCCACCACCUGCUCUGCUCUGCUCUGCUCUACUCUGCUCUCGUGCUCCUUCCUUCCCGCCCUUUGUUUUGUCUGGUCUGCCACCAUGUCCUCUGGAAAGGAGUGGGAUCGCAAUGGCUCGUUCAUGAAGAAGCCCUCCACGGGAUGGCUGCAUGACGACCACGCCCUCAUGAACGGCGACGGCAUCUUCUACGCUGUCCGCUAUGUCGGCAGCAUGCGCAUGGACCGCUCCAUGCGGACCAUGGACUUCAACACAAGAACUGAGGUCACCAGAGAGGCCAUCAAGCUUGUGUGCGAAGCUGCAGGCUUGCUCCCACCCAAGAAACGCAAAGUGUCGCAGAUUGUCAAGGAGACACUGACACACGACCCUCUCGUGCGCAACUGGGACGUCAAGUUCACCAUCUCCACCGGCGGCAUUGCCCUUGUCGUUGUCCAGACCAACGAGGUGAUUGCAAACCACAUCAUGCCGGCCAUCUCGUUUGCCACGGGCGGGUCGUCGCACGACUACACCACGCUCGCCUACGUCGCCAAGGACAGCCGCAACGUGCGCGAGUGCCACGUGUUUGAGUGCAGCGACAUGGCGCAGGAGAUUAUGGCCACCAUCGGGCAGGCCUUUGAGCUGCGUUACAAGGCGUUCCUCAAGAAGUCCAUGGAGCGGCAGAACAUGCUUGCGCAGCAGCCCGUCCAGUCGCAGGCCAUCUACGGUGACAGCUCCGGUGUCACGUACCAGAGCGCACAGCAGGUCAAAGGCCAGUACGACGACCUGCCUGAGGUGGACGAGUAUGGUGGCGACGACGCAUAUGGGGACAUGGACAGCUAUGGUGACACGGGGUACCCGCAGGUCAACCCGCACGACCCGGCGUACGACGCUGUCGACGACGACGGCAUGUAUGGUGAUGUGGAGGGCGUGACGCCCACCGGUCUCAACAAUCCGGGCUACCUUGAUGUCUCCAUGGGCCCCGUCUACGACAACCCCAACGCCCAGCAGGGCGGCGCGCGCGUGGGCAGCGACCCGGCGUACGACAACCCGCAGGACGUGCUUGCAGAGGGGCGACAGCAGCAGCAGCGGGUGCAGCUGGAGCACGCCGACUACGACUACGCAACAGACAUGCCGGACUACGAGGAGGACUUUGAGGUCGACGUCGACGACCUCAUGCAGGCGCCGAGUGCGGGUGCGCAGCGGGAGUUGAGUGCGGAGCCGUGGUUCCAUGGGCAGGUCAGCCGCGCCGCUGCAGACUCCAUCCUCCAAUAUGACGGCGACUUCUUCGUCCGCGAGAGCAUGCAGUCCCGCGGCCAGUACAUCCUCUCCGCCAUGCACAAGGGCGAGAAGAAGCACCUGCUGCUGGUUGAUCCGUCGGGUCAAGUCCGCACAAAGGACAUGGCCUUUGACUCCGUCUCGCACCUCAUCAACUACCAUCUCCGCGCUCGCCUCCCCAUCAUCUCCCGCGGCAGCCGCAUCGUGCUUGGCCAGGCCGUCCGCGCCCUCCCCGGCGGAUACGCCAAGCUCGCAAAGAAGUAGACCAGCGCACGCACACACACACACACACACACACACACACAUGAGCACACGUUUCUGGUUUUCAAGUGCAUGCGAGCGUGCACGUGUUUCUUCAGAGCAGCAGAUGAUCUUUUUGUGCCCGCUGUUCCGCUCCUCCUCCCUAUACGAGAGUUGUCGUUCUUCCCAUCCUUCGCCUGGGGGGGGGGGGUGUUGUCUGUUUCCCUUUUCUCUCCUAAUUUCGCUGUUGGUGCCGUGUUGCAAUGCAUCUCCGUUAUCUCCUUCUCUCCUCCUCCGAUGCCCAGGCUUCCCUCCUUUCUUUCUUUCCUUCCUGCUUCCCUCCCUGCUUCCUCGCUCGUCACUGCUUCUCCGUCACUCCCAAUCAAAUAGCGCCUUCGCC